UCUCGGGCAGUCUCUGCAUGAUGUCGCUUCUCAGGACUCGAGGACCCGUCACCCUACACCUCUGCAGUGGAGAAGGCAGAAAUGGAGACACAAAGGCCACCACUUCUGUUCUGUUAUUAACCACUCUGUAGACAUGCAUCCCCACCAGAAGGCGUGAACUGCACGGGGGUGGGGGGACGUGGAGUUCUCAGGCCCCCAAACCACUAGCACCUUUAACUGUGCGCUGGAGAGAAGGCAGAGCCAUGGCUCCGUACAGCUGCUGUUUGGCCCUCUUGGCUCUCGCCUGGUGUUCCUCCGCCUAUGGGCCCGACCAGCGCGCCCAAAAGAAGGGCGACAUUAUUCUAGGAGGUCUCUUUCCCAUCCAUUUUGGAGUAGCAGCCAAAGAUCAAGACCUGAAAUCAAGGCCAGAGUCUGUGGAGUGCAUUAGGUAUAACUUCCGAGGAUUCCGAUGGUUACAAGCCAUGAUAUUUGCCAUAGAGGAGAUAAACAGCAGCCCUGCCCUUCUUCCCAACAUGACGCUGGGAUACAGGAUAUUUGACACCUGUAACACCGUCUCCAAGGCACUGGAGGCCACCUUGAGUUUUGUUGCCCAGAACAAAAUUGAUUCUUUGAACCUGGAUGAGUUCUGCAACUGCUCCGAGCACAUCCCUUCGACCAUCGCCGUGGUGGGAGCGACCGGCUCUGGUGUCUCCACAGCAGUAGCCAACCUGCUAGGACUUUUCUAUAUCCCCCAGGUGAGCUAUGCCUCCUCUAGCAGACUCCUCAGCAAUAAGAACCAGUUCAAGUCCUUCCUCCGCACCAUUCCCAACGACGAACACCAGGCCACCGCGAUGGCUGACAUUAUCGAGUAUUUCCGUUGGAACUGGGUGGGCACAAUUGCAGCUGAUGACGACUACGGCAGGCCUGGCAUUGAGAAAUUCCGAGAGGAGGCCGAGGAGAGGGACAUCUGCAUUGACUUCAGCGAGCUCAUCUCCCAGUACUCUGAUGAGGACGAGAUCCAGCAGGUGGUGGAAGUGAUCCAGAACUCUACAGCCAAGGUCAUUGUCGUUUUCUCCAGCGGCCCAGACCUAGAACCUCUCAUCAAGGAGAUUGUGCGGCGGAACAUCACAGGCAGGAUCUGGCUAGCCAGCGAGGCCUGGGCCAGUUCCUCCCUGAUUGCUAUGCCGGAGUACUUUCAUGUAGUCGGGGGCACCAUUGGGUUCGGUCUGAAGGCUGGGCAGAUUCCAGGCUUCCGAGAAUUCCUACAGAAAGUCCAUCCCAGGAAGUCUGUCCACAAUGGUUUUGCCAAAGAGUUUUGGGAAGAAACAUUUAAUUGCCACCUGCAAGAAGGCGCGAAAGGACCUUUACCUGUGGACACCUUUGUGAGAAGUCACGAGGAAGGAGGCCACAGAUUACUCAAUAGCUCCACGGCGUUCCGACCCCUCUGCACAGGGGAUGAGAACAUCAACAGUGUCGAGACCCCUUACAUGGAUUACGAACAUUUACGGAUAUCCUACAACGUGUACUUAGCCGUCUAUUCCAUUGCCCAUGCCCUGCAAGAUAUAUACACCUGCUUACCCGGAAGAGGGCUUUUCACCAACGGGUCCUGUGCAGACAUCAAGAAGGUUGAGGCCUGGCAGGUCCUGAAACACCUACGGCACCUGAACUUCACCAACAACAUGGGGGAGCAGGUGACCUUUGAUGAGUGUGGUGAUCUGAUGGGGAACUAUUCCAUCAUCAACUGGCACCUCUCCCCAGAGGACGGCUCCAUUGUGUUCAAGGAAGUUGGGUACUACAACGCAUAUGCCAAGAAGGGAGAAAGACUCUUCAUCAACGAGGGGAAGAUCUUGUGGAGUGGGUUCUCCAGAGAGGUGCCCUUCUCCAACUGCAGCCGGGACUGUCAGGCAGGGACCAGGAAGGGGAUCAUUGAGGGAGAGCCCACCUGCUGCUUUGAGUGUGUGGAGUGUCCUGACGGAGAGUACAGCGGUGAGACAGAUGCGAGUGCCUGUGACAAGUGCCCAGAUGACUUCUGGUCCAAUGAGAACCACACUUCCUGCAUUGCCAAGGAGAUUGAGUUCCUGGCGUGGACCGAGCCCUUUGGAAUCGCUCUCACUCUCUUUGCGGUACUGGGCAUCUUCCUGACUGCCUUUGUGCUGGGCGUGUUCAUCAAGUUCCGAAACACGCCCAUCGUCAAGGCCACCAACCGAGAGCUGUCCUACCUCCUGCUCUUCUCCCUACUCUGCUGCUUCUCCAGCUCCCUUUUCUUCAUUGGGGAGCCCCAGGACUGGACAUGCCGCCUGCGACAGCCUGCCUUCGGCAUCAGCUUCGUUCUCUGUAUCUCGUGCAUCUUGGUGAAGACCAAUCGUGUCCUCCUGGUGUUUGAGGCCAAAAUACCCACCAGCUUCCACCGGAAGUGGUGGGGACUCAACCUGCAGUUCCUGCUGGUUUUCCUCUGCACCUUCAUGCAGAUUGUCAUCUGUAUCAUCUGGCUGUACACGGCGCCCCCCUCCAGCUACCGCAACCACGAGCUGGAAGACGAAAUCAUCUUCAUCACGUGCCAUGAGGGGUCACUCAUGGCGCUCGGCUCCCUGAUCGGCUAUACCUGCCUGCUGGCUGCCAUCUGCUUCUUCUUUGCCUUCAAGUCGCGGAAGCUGCCAGAGAACUUCAACGAAGCCAAGUUCAUUACCUUCAGCAUGCUUAUCUUCUUCAUCGUCUGGAUCUCCUUCAUUCCAGCCUACGCCAGCACCUACGGCAAGUUUGUCUCUGCAGUGGAGGUGAUCGCCAUCCUGGCAGCCAGCUUUGGCUUGCUAGCCUGCAUCUUCUUCAACAAGGUCUACAUCAUCCUCUUCAAGCCUUCCCGGAACACAAUCGAGGAGGUGCGCUCCAGCACAGCGGCGCAUGCUUUCAAAGUGGCAGCCCGCGCCACUCUGCGCCGCCCCAACAUCUCCCGGAAGCGGUCCAGCAGCCUCGGAGGCUCCACUGGUUCCAUUCCCUCCUCCUCCAUCAGCAGCAAAAGCAACAGCGAAGACCGAUUCCCGCAGCCAGAGAGGCACAAGCAACAGCAUCCGCUGGCCCUGACCCAGCAAGAACAGCAGCAGCAGCAGCAACCCCUGACUCUCCAGCCACAGCCACAGCAGCAGCCACAGCAGCCGAGAUGCAAACAGAAGGUCAUCUUCGGCAGUGGCACGGUCACCUUCUCUCUGAGCUUUGACGAGCCUCAGAAGAAUGCCAUGGCCCACAGGAACUCCAUGCGUCAGAACUCCCUGGAGGCCCAGAAGAGCAAUGACACCUUGAACAGACACCAGGCUCUGCUUCCCCUACAGUGUGCAGAGGCGGACUCAGAAAUGACCAUUCAGGAAACAACGGGCUUGCAAGGGCGCAUGGUGGGGGACCACCAGCCAGAAAUGGAAAGCCAAGAUGAAAUGUCCCCAGCACUGGUCAUGUCCACCUCUCGGAGCUUCGUCAUUAGCGGUGGAGGUAGUUCUGUGACGGAAAACAUACUGCACUCCUAAUGGAGGGAAAGGCUAUCCAGUUGAGAGUUUUUCUUAGAGUCCCAGAAAAAAGGACGGGUCCUUCCUUUCUUCCCAGGAAGCCCGGGAUAGGAGGGACAUCAAAGCCUGUACCCUUGCACUACUUUGGAUGACAGUGAACUGACUGGUGUGCUUUUUAAAGUUAGAAGAAGAGCCAUGGUUUGGAGCCGUUUCCCAGAGCUCAGUAUCAUUCCUGGGUUUGCUGAAGUCUUUUCCUCUGCUCCAUCCACCACCAGCUCAGAUGACAGCAAGGCUAUAAGCUACCCACCUGCUUCCCUCUAAAAUUAGAUCCAGAAAUGCCUGCCCCAGGAUUCUAUGGAUAACAUGGUCUGAAAUACAGUCCACAUACAGACCGAUGAGACAUCAGAUCUGCCACUAGAGUCUAAAAGCCAGAUAGUCACCGGGACUGUCAUAUCACGUUGACAGUGGACAGAACUUAAAGUGUUCAAAACAUCAGGCAGAUGUGUUCUCUCCUAUUUAUAAAGACCUUAAGAAACGUGGUCUUUUUAUCCUCCCUGUUGCUGCUAUUGUGUGACAUCUAUUCCAUCUGCAUCCUUCGUGUGGCAUCAUGUCUGGCUGUGUCCAGAAUCUGAAGGCAAUGCUACGCUUAGAUCUCAGGAUCACUCACUCUAAGCACCAGGAAAGAACUGACUAAAUCCAAUGAGCUAUCUCUGUAACUAAUAUUGAUGUACAUAGCUUAAUCCUUAAGAAAAUGCUUCUGUUGUAACAAUCCAUGGGCUAUUAUGAACUGAAAAAUGUCGCAGUCUGGAUUCUAUAAGGCAGUAUUAUUGAGUUAUACCAUGCCCCAUGCCCUAUGUCCCACGCCCUAUGCCCCAUGCCCCAUCCCUGAGCUAAAGGCUUUGUGAAGCCAAAUCCUAACCUAGCUCUAUGGAGAAUAAGCUCCCGGAAGAAAGUUUGGUUCCCAGGGAACGCCACAGUUCCUGUAGCAUCGAAAUUAAACGUGCCCACUGGCCACUGCUAGGAACCCAGACUCUGCACAGCAGAGAGCAGGGUUCAGGCUCUGGCUUGGUCACUGAUAAGAUGGGUGGUUCUCAGGUGGGAACCACAGCCUCUUUAAGCCCCAGCUUCUUUGAGUGUAAAGUAGAGAAUUGCAGCUGUUUUCCCACAGAGCUCUCAGACGAGUUAAGUAAACAUGUGUGCAUCAUACCUUAGCACAGUGUCUAACACAUCAUACACAUUUAGUGUUAGUAUAUACGAUUAGUGAUACAGUAACUACUAGUUUCCACUUGCUUAGACUAUGCCAUAGCUUGGCCUAUGACACUUAAGGUCCUCCUGCUAACAGCACUGUCUCUGGAGUGGCCCUCUUUGAAGGUCACAGUGCCUUUAAGAGGCAGAACUUGGUAGGACAUCAUUCAGUCACAGAGGAUGUGCCUGUGAAGGGAGUUAUGGGACUCUGGCCCCAUUCUCUUUCUCUUCUCUUUCCUGGCCAUAAGAUGAACAGUUUUCUGUGACACAGGCUGGCACAUCAUUGUCAUUUAGCAUUCCACCAGAGCAUGGACCAGAACCUCCAAACCAAGCAUCAACAUUAACCUUUUCGCUCUCUAAUUAUCCAAAGUAUUUUAUUAUAGUGAGAGAAAGCUGACUAAUACAAGAGAUAAAGCAGAAAUCUCACUAAGCAUCCAGAUUUCAAUGUCUAAUCCACCGAUCACAGUAACUUUCUUCAGAAUAAGUACAAAACUUCUAAGGUCCAGGUGAAGGUGUUAGCAGGAGCCAAAUGCUACCCGCAACAACCCCAGUGUCUCGAUUCUGUGGAAACAGUAACCACUUCCAGCACUGUCACUGGUUAACAAGUUCUCAGAGCAGGUUCUGCCAAGCCAAGCCACGCUGAUGCCAAGACCAAGCCAUAGAAUGUAAAUUCAUCAGCAGUCUAAGAUUUACAGUCCAUGGUGAGUCUGCCUCUGACCACUUCCUUGUGAGGAUGUUUAAGGUAAUGGUUGGCAUUACGACCAUGAAGACGAUGAUGAGCUGCCACAAGAGUGUGCAGUAGAGAGCAGGCCCUGUCACAGAACACAAAACUGUCCCCAUGAGCCACCAACACCCCAGCCAGAAAGGGCACAGCCUCUCAGAGCCUGUUGCCUUCUGUUGUCAGCCUCUGAGCGACGCAGCGUGCUGAGCAUUUAUUUUUAACCCUUUCACUUGGCCCAUAAAUAAAUAAAUAAAUAAAUAAAUAAGUAACAAAAUUGCAGCCAAAAGUUUAAUGAUUUUUUUUCAUAAGCGUGUCACAAAACUGUGGAAAUAACUUCAGUAGAAUGUCACACAUUCAUCCUUACUAGUCUGAUUUCAGUGCACAACAUCCCUUCCUCUGCAAAUAAUCUCCUCAUCCCAUGAUUCACAAAGAAAAGAAAAAUGAGGAUCAGCAAGGAAAACAUUGCACUAAGUGUUCAUUUUUGCCAGGGGCCUGUACAUCAAGUAAUGUCUAUGAACACCCUCAUCAGAAAGGUAGAUAGGAAUUCUCAUUAUGUCUCUAUAGCAACCUAACAUUUAUCUCAAAUUCCUAUCCAGCCAGCAAUCAAAGCUAUAGUUAAGUCAAAUUAGGGGUUUUCCCUGGAAAUCCUGAGUUUUCUGAUUCACAUUUUAUUUUUAGGUAUCAGUUCAGAAGUUGUUGGGUUUUUUCCCUCUUUCCAGGUGAGUUGUAGUAUAAAGAACAUGAGGGUCUUCAAUCAAGGGCACAUCCUCUUAGCAUUCCUAAAGCCAUCUUGUCUGGCUCUCAGUAACUGUGUCUCCAUGCUGGCUUCCUGAAAUGUAUCUGUGGCAGUCUGCUUUUUGUUACUGUAACAGAAUAGCCAAGCAGGCCAACUUUAUAGAGAAAAGAGGUUUAAUUAACUCAUAUUUGUGCCUGUUGAAGGGCCAAGACCAUACCGUCACCACUGGUCACCACAAUGGCAGGAAAACGCUGGAAGGGAGGGAUGACACCUCAAAACUGGAAGUGAGAGGGUGAUUCAGGAGUUAGCACUAACUCUUACAACAACUCAAUCUUGAGACUCUGCAGUCCUCAUAAGAACUACUUAAAUUCUUCAAAGAGCGGAUCUCCCAUUGACCUAAGGUCCUUCCAUAAGUUUCCAAUUCUCAGUGCCACCACACUAGGGGCCAAGUCCCUAAUGUGUGGACCCCCUUGGAAAUGAUAUCUAAACUACAAAAACAUCAUAUCUCCAUCCAGUCCACAGUCCCCACAGGGGGAUCUGUGGUGGUUUCCAUGGUUGAAUCACUGUCUCAGACGACUGGCCCUUCCUAGGCCUGCAAGCUCUCUCAGCUCCCUCCAUGCCCAUCCUAGAGACCUAUGAGCUCUCACAGAGGUUACCCCUUCUUGUUGCUGCCUAGCCAUGUCAAUGCAGAGGCUUCCUGUACAUUAGGGUGAGUGAGAGAUGGGGCAAAAGACUGACAAACCUAGUGCACUAGACAGGAUAACGUUCAGUCAACGAUGCUGAGAGUUAUGACCCCAGAGCCUGUGAUUGUGUCAAAGGAACGGUGAUCUAAGAUCCUCACUAAACUAAGGUUCCUUCCGUUACCCAUGAGGUAAGAAACCGCAGAACAAUUGGUGUCAGGUGGCACAAUGUGAGGAAAAUUCUGCAGAGCAACCAUCCUCCAUUGCUUUGUGUAUGGGAGAAAAGGACAGGCAAAAGGAUUUGGGUUGUUUCUGGAAGCUGGACAAAGUAAGGAUACUGAUUUUCCCCGGGGAGUCUCUAGGAAGGAAUGCAGCGCUGAGUACCUUGGUUUCAGCCCGGUGAGACCCUUGGAGGACUUCCGACCU